CUCGAAAAACCUUCAGUUUCGUACCCCGUAUAUAGAAAGCCCUAAUUAAAUACCCCCAUCAUAUUUUUGUUUCAGAAUUCUAACUUCAAAUUAUCUUUCUUUAUCACACACAUUUCCCUUAGGAAAUUCAAUCGCCAUUGACGAACGAAGCUCGACAACAAUGGAGGAUAAUCUCUCUCCUUCCGACAAGCAGAUCAUGGUCUCUUCUUUCCUUGAGAUCGCCGUUGGCCAGACCGCUGAUACUGCCCACCAAUUCUUACAGGCAACCAGCUGGAAUCUUGAAGAUGCUAUUCAGCUAUUUUACGUGGGGAAUGAAGGUGGGGCUGUGGCAUCUUCAUCGUAUUUCCCCCCAGAAGAAAAUGCUACUCCAUUAGUUGACAAGAGCUCUAGUGGAUCUGACGAGGGUGAAGUAAAGGAAAUAAGCGGACUCAAUGGUGGUGAUGAUGAUGUGCGUGCACCUUUACCUGUGAUAAGAGAGGCUCUCUAUGAUGAUGCUGUGUUAUAUGGAGCCUCAAGAAUAGGGUACCCAUCACAUGCUCCGAGUUCUCUGAUUGCGUUCCGCAACUUUGAGGAGGAAAUGAAGCAACCUGCUGUAUGGGAACCCGAACAAGGUGGAAGUUCUACAACAGAGAGGUCUCGAGAUAAUCUUGCUGCUAUGUUUCGUCCUCCUUUUGCUUUGAUGGUCCAGGGUCCUUUUGAAAAGGCAAAACUUACUGCCUCUGCUGCAUCCAGGUGGCUUGUGGCGAAUAUACAAUCUUCUACUGAAUUCACCUCACAUAUGCUCAACAGAGACACCUGGGCAAAUGAAGCUGUGGCUCAAACUAUCAAAACCAAUUUUAUCUUUUGGCAGUUUUAUGAUGAUACUAGUGAGGGUAAGAAGGUGUGCACUUACUACAAAAUUGAAUCUGUCCCGGCUAUCCUUAUCAUUGACCCCGUAACAGGACAAAAAAUGCGUUCAUGGUCUGGUAUGGUACAUCCUGAUCGGUUACUGGAGGAUCUAAUUCCUUUCAUGGAAAGCGGACCACAGAAUUAUAAUUCCUCACUCCCUCAUAAGCGGCCAAGAGAAAGUUCUGAUGUUGCUGCUCCGAAAGUCCAGGUCGAGACCAGUGAAGAAGAUGACGAAUUGCAACGAGCUCUUGCUGCAUCAAUGGAGAGCAUGAAUCCAGAUAAAGUUGUUUCUGAAGACAAAGAUGCAGUUACUGUCACCAAGGAGGAAGAAACAUGCCCUACAAAGAAGCCUGUCUAUCCCCCUCUUCCCGAAGAACCAACUGGAGAUAGAAGCCUAGAAUGUCGUGUUGGAUUUCGUCUCCCUGACGGACGAAGGGUUCAGCGGAAGUUUCUGCGUUCUGAUCCAAUACAGUUAUUAUGGUCGUUCUGCAGCUCCCAUUUUGGAGAGGAUGAGACAAGGCCAUUACGGUUGACACACGGAGUCCCUGGAGCAGCAGAGUCUCUGGAAUAUGAUAGCAAUUUAACAUUUGAAGAAUCAGGGCUAUCUAACUCCAUGAUCUCUGUUACUUGGGAGUAAAGCUGAAUAUGUUGCUGUCUCAUUUUAGUCAAGUAUAUGGCUGAGAGCUCAUGCAGACUUAUAACCAAAUUAGUUCUCUUGCUGUUUGCUCCACCUUUUGGGUGGUCGCAUUUUGUUUGUAGAUCAAAUAUGACAGUGAAGGAAUUAGCUUAUUAUUGUUAUUUUAGUCAAUAUGUAUAUAGUUAAUACCACCAAGAUCACAGAAUGAUAUCUGUGAAACUGGAAACAGGUCGUGGUCUUGCUUUACUUCUUUUUAAUACAGAAGUCCUUUACAUUGA